AGAUGCAGAAAUAGGGAAGUACAUAGUUGUAAGAGUGCAAAGUGUGAGUGAGAGUGAGAGGGAGGGGCAGAGAGAGAGAAAGUACAUAAAGUACAUUAAGUUCCUGUAAGUACAGAAUGAACAGAGAGAGUUGUAGACACCUAUAGACACCUGUACCAACCUGGAGAGAACACAACAAGAUGAGGAUCCUGCUGAUAGUCAUCCUCCUCUCCUUCAUCACAGGUUGUUUGAGCUCCUUCAAAGUGACAGGAUUCUCUGGAGGAACUGUCAUCAUCGACUGUCAUUAUUACACAGAAGAAAGAAGUCAUGAGAAAUAUUUCUGCGUGGGGAAGUAUAGCUGGAGAUGUAAGGAUAUAAUCAGAACUGGAUUGAAGAACACCUGGGUACACAGAGGUAGAUUCUCUCUGUAUGACAACACUGGAGGAAACUACUUCAAGGUGAUCAUCAGACAACUGACCAGACAAGAUGAAGGGACCUACUGGUGUGGAGUGGACAAACCUACUAUACCUGACAGUUAUACCAAGGUAGAGCUGGAUGUGAAGGAGGAUGACUGCUGUAAGAAGUCAGUCACAGAGACGGCCUUUCUGGGAGGAGAAGCUACCAUCAGAUGUAACUAUCCAGAGGUCUAUAAGGACAGAAUGAAGUAUUUCUGCAAGGAAGACAGUGAAUAUAACUGUGAAUACCAGAUAUCAGGCACACAUAAUGAAAAACUAGGAAGAUAUUCUCUUUCUAAGAGAAGAAGAGAGAGAUUCUCCACAGUGACCAUCAGUGACCUGACUGAAGAUGAUACUGGGACCUACUGGUGUGGAGUAGAAACCAGCAGGACAGAACAACUUUACAUUACACUGAUCACACAGGUGAAGCUGGAUGUUAUAGUGGCACCCACCACCACUAUCACGAAAACAAAAACUACAGCCCCACCCACAACCACCUUCCAGUCACUAUCUUCACCAUCAUCAUCUUCAUCAUCACCAUCUUCAUCAUCACCAGCAUCAUCAGCACCAGCAUCAUCACUCAACAGAUCUGGUACCUCAGUGGUCAUCAUAUUGUCUGUUAGUCUGGUAGUGUUACUGCUGGUGAUCAGCCUGAUCAUAGUCUACAGAUGGAAAUACAACAAGGUCACAGGAUCUGUCUCUUCAACUCAUAGAGUGAGUCCAGACACAGGGAACAGCAAUGGGGAUUGUCAUGGUGAUGGUGACUAUGAGGAGAUAAAGGAGCGCCCCCUACAGUCAGACUCCACCAUCUACGCCACCGCCAACUUACCCACAAGCCACUCUGACUCUCCCCACUACGCCAGCGUCAACUUCCACAAGAACCCCAGCUGCCCCAAUGAAGCCAGAGUCACCAUCGCUAAAGAGGGCACUUCAUCAUGUGACUAUGCUACUGUGAACUUUGGUCAAAGCCCCACCUACUCUACUGUCAAUCAUCCACACAGCUCCUCUGAGGCUCCUCCCAUCUACUCCACUGUCAGCAAACCCAGAGACACUUGACUCACUGGCAACCAAUCACAAGAGACAUACAUACACUGGCAACCAAUCACAAGAGACACACACACACACACUUAAAAACCCAGGCCUUUUCUCAGUUAGAUUUGCUCUACUUCUCGUCCUCUCUCCUCCAUCUUCUCUCCUCCGUCCUCUCUCCUCCAUCCUCUCUCCUUUCUCCUCCUUCCUCUCUCCUCCGUCCUUUUUAAAAAUGGCAAAGGAGAGGACAGGCCGCAGGGAGAGUAAACUUGGACGAAAAUGCACUUGUAUAAAAUUAAAAGCUCCUUUUCUACUCGCCCGUCAGGCAAAUUACAUUUCAAAUGACCUUUACCUGAUGGGUGGAUCCAAAAUAAAUGUGUAAAGUGAUAAAAACGUAUUAAGCUAGCUGAGAAAAUAAAUGUGGUCAUGUUUGCUCCUCUGACAAUACAACAGCUGAUUCAAAGGGGGGUGUCAGAUAUCAAAACUUUUAUGUACCAGGAUACUCUUGUCUUUAUUCACCAAAAUGAGGAAGGGAGGACCGUCUUCUCUUCAACCUACUAACACACUGACACCUUCCUCUGCCACUUAUCAGUUUCGGAUGAAAGAGGAAAGAGGGCGGUGGUGAGAGGACGGAGGAGAGAGAACAGAGGAUAGAGGAGAGAGAAUGGAGGAAGGAGUACAGAGGAAAGAUGAGAGAGGACGGUGAAGUGAGAACGUAGGAGAGAGGACAGAGGAGAGAGAACAGAGGAUAGAGGAGAGAGGAUGGAGGAGAGAGGAAAAACGAGAGAGACCGGAGGAGAGAGGAAAGAAGUGAAAGGACAGAGGAGGGAGAACGGAGGAGAGAGGAAAGAUGAGAGAAGACGGUGAAGUGAGAAAAUAGGAGAGAGGAUGGAGGAGAGAAGAUGGAGGAAAGAGGACAGAGGAGAGAGAACAGAGGAGAGAGAACAGAGGAGAGAGGAUAGAGGAGAGAGGAUAUAGGAGAUAGGAUGGAGGAGAGAGGAAAGAAGAGAGAGGACGGAGGAGAGAGGACGGAAGACUGACUUUUGCCCAAACGAGAAAAGGCCCCAGAGACACCUGAGUCACUGGCACACUGGCGACCACUUGAUUAAUAAUUUAGGAGGCCGGCGGUGAAUGCUAAAGGCCCUGCUCAAAACCGACAGCGAGUCUCUCUAUAGGGGUGGUGUCUGAUAAUAAAAUACAACAACACCUGAUCAUUGAUGAAGAAACAUUUGUAAAACCAUCACAU